AUGUCGGAAGUUUUGGGUGGAAAUAUUCGUAAAAGUUGUGAUACGUUAAAUGGCGACGAUACUUUUUUGAAUUAUUUGUUAAGUACUAAAUUGGAAAAUAAUUUGAAUAGCUUAAGAAGGCAAUUCCUUGAAAAUAAUUUAGGAAAUGAAGAGGUUAAAAAGUUUCAAAAUGAGUUCAAAUCAGCAGAAUUCAAUUCUUCUUUAACGAAACAUGAUUCCUUGUCAAAAUUAAAGCAUCAAUAUGUUGAUUACCAAGAGUCUAUUAGAAGAAGAAGGUACAGUGUUGAUUUUGAUUCAGAGACAGGUUCUGCCGGCCAAACUGUUGAUGAUAAAAACAUGGAAAUAAUCUCAAUGGAAAGUAUAUCGAAUGAUGGAACUUGUAAUGCUCAGAAAGAUGAUGUAGAAUUAUCCGAGUUAAGGAAAAGAUUAUUGGGUAAACGUGGACAACCAACUGCAGAAGAUUUAGAUAAGUCUGCUGAGAAGCAAAUUGAAGAUAAUGAGAAUAUUCAAGUCAGCUUAAUUGAGGAUAUGACGAAAUUAGUAUCAGGUUUGAAACAAGGUGCGUCAGCUUUCCAAAAUGCUUUGGAUGAAGAUAAAAACGUAUUGGGUGCAGCUGAGGUUGGUGUUCAAGUUGCAUCUAGAAGUAUUACAGAUAUCAGUGGGAAAUUAAAGUCAUAUGACAAAACCAAGCUGGGAUAUUUGUUCUAUAUCACAGUAUGUCUAUUUAUGAUUUUAGGUCUGAUACUGACUUAUAUUAUCAUAAAGAUCUUCCCAGCACUGUAA